AUGGCACGUGACCGAAGCCGCACAGCCGGGCUCCCAGGGUCACGUGGGCCGCGGCCCCGCCCCGCUCGGGUCGUCCCCCGCGGCUGCGGCAGCGGCGACUGCGCGUGCGCGGAGCCGAGCGUAAUUUAUCCUCAGCAUUCCAAGCUUACGGAUAAAGAAAAAACCAAUAUUUGCUAUUUGUCUUUUCCAGAUUCAAAUUCAGGUUGUCUUGGAGAUACCCAGUUUUGUUUUAGAUUUCGUCAGUCUUCUGGGCGGAGGAUGUCACUGCAUUGUCUCCUGGAUCAGUUUGACAAAGAUUUGCCAGUUUUCUUAAAGAAGGAUCCUGCUUAUUUUUAUGGAUAUGUGUAUUUCCGCCAAGUACGAGAUAAAACUCUAAAAAGAGGCUACUUUCAGAAGUCUUUGGUUUUGAUCAGCAAACUACCUUAUACUCAUUUCUUUCAUACUGUGCUAAAACAGAUAGCACCAGAGUAUUUUGAAAAGAGCGAACCUUAUUUGGAAGCAGCUUGUAAUGAUGUUGAUCGAUGGCCUGCUCCAGUGCCAGGGAAAACGUUGCAGCUCCCCAUCAUGGGGGUAGUAAUGAAGGUCCGGAUUCCAACAUGUCAUGACAAGCCUGGAACAACUCAAAUGGUGCAGUUAACUCAGCAGGCAGAUACAAAUAUAUCUGUUAUUUUGCCUACUGUGCACGAGGUGGAUCUUUUCAGGUGUUUCUGCCCCGUUUUCUUUCAUAGUCAGAUGCUGUGGGAGUUGGUACUGUUGGGAGAGCCCCUCGUGGUCAUGGCGCCAUCACCGUCAGAGUCAUCGGAAACUGUCCUGGCGCUUGUUAGCUGUAUUUCCCCACUAAAAUACUGCAGCGAUUUCCGGCCCUAUUUCACGAUUCAUGAUAGUGAAUUCAAAGAGUACACCACUCGUACUCAAGCCCCGCCCUCAGUCAUAUUAGGAGUAACCAACCCUUUUUUUGCUAAAACACUCCAGCACUGGCCACACAUUAUUCGAAUAGGAGACCUUAAACCUGCAGGUGAAAUCCCUAAACAGGUCAAAGUGAAAAAGCUGAAGAACCUAAAGACUCUGGAUUCUAAGCCUGGAGUCUAUACUUCUUAUAAGCCAUAUCUAAACAAAGAUGAGGAAAUUAUAAAACAGUUGCAGAAGGGUGUACAACAGAAACGUCCUGCUGAAGCUCAGAGUGUUAUUCUUCGACGCUAUUUUUUGGAACUGACACAAAGCUUCAUCAUUCCAUUAGAAAGAUAUGUAGCAAGCUUGAUGCCUUUACAGAAAAGUAUUUCCCCAUGGAAGAGUCCACCCCAGUUAAGACAGUUUCAUCCAGAAGAAUUUAUGAAAACCCUUGAGAAAACGGGCCCUCAGCUGACCUCUAGAAUAAAAGGAGACUGGAUUGGACUUUACCGGCAUUUUUUAAAAUCUCCUAAUUUUGAUGGCUGGUUCAGGACCCGGAGGAAGGAAAUGACCCAGAAAUUGGAAGCACUCCAUCUAGAAGCUCUUUGUGAAGAGGACUUACUUCUGUGGAUACAGAAACAUACAGAAGUAGAAACUGUAGACCUUGUAUUGAAGCUAAAAAAUAAACUGAUGCAGGCUGAUCGAGAACGUUUACCUGUGAGACCUGACACUAUGGAAAAGUUGCGGACACACAUAGACACAAUUAUCUUAGCAUUGCCAGAGGACCUCCGAGGCAUUCUGCUCAAAACAGGCAUGACGUGA